UUAACACCCAUCCCAGAAAGAAGACAUAGCGGAUAGCUAUAUAGGCUUUUCUUGCUCCGAGUAACGCAUCUUAGUUUUUUUCAUAUCACUUCCGCGUUUUCUGUAUCCUCAAGAAAAGGUUAUCUCGUCCAAAACAUUUAAGGACUCAAGCGUUGCUUCUGACAUGGCUAUCGUAAAGAGCGGUUGGCUCCACAGACAAAGCUCCAUCCUUCGCCGCUGGAAAAGAAACUGGUUUGACUUAUGGGUGGACGGACGCCUGGUGUUCUACAACGACCAACAGCGGCGUGACAUGGAGGAUGACAUCCACAUGAGAGUCCACUGCAUUAACAUCCGUAGCUCCGCCGCUUGUCAGGAGCUAAACCCUCCAGAUGGGAAAACACGUGAUUCCUUGUUCCAGAUAGUGUGCAGAGAUGGACGGGUCAUCAGCUUGUGUGCAGACAGUGCAGAUGAUGCCUUAGCUUGGACCAUGGCUCUGCAGGACGCCAGAAUUAAUACGGUGUCAGCUGCUCCUCAGAUCGGCUUUGCGCAGGAAGUCGUGGCAUCUGCUCCUCCCCCGUACUCAGAAUAUGCCCAACCACAGGUUUAUGCCCCACGACCAUAUGGAGAUUACACCGCUCAACCUGCUCAUCCCACUCAGAUUAUGUACUCUGGGGACGGGCAAACCUACGCUGUAGCUUAUCCAUAUCACUACCAAGGUGGGUACGCGGCCCCAGGAGUGAACCACGUCAUUAUUCAGGAGCGGCAGCGUGACGACGCAGGGGACGUGGCUCUGGGCAUGCUGGCAGGAGCAGCCACUGGCCUGGCGCUCGGCUCUCUCUUCUCCGUCUUCUAACCUGCGCUGCUUCACUAACUGUAUCUGCUGUAUGAGCUCCUGUCGAAUGAGGCGUGUCUGUUGGUCCUCAUGACGCAGACAUGGCUGUGAUAGACGGAGCGAACACUUUUAGCAAACUCCCAGGCAGUGUUGUUCCUUUGUGAUGUGUGCGUAGAAAUAUCUCCUAACCAAAACAGUAACUAUUAUCCUUUCCAGGUUAUUUAAAGAGGAUUCAUUAUGUGCACAUCAUUUUUUCUGUUGUAACGUUUGUUUACCUUUUCCUUUAGUUUGAGUCCCAGAUCUGCUGUGUUUCUGAUUUGUUUGUGCUUUAUUCAGGUUGAUUUAGAAUUGGUGUUAACACCGGACACACCGAGGCAAUAAAUACUUCAAUCGUAGCGUCUUUAGG